ACCCGUUCCCUACGUGUAACGUGUGUGUUUCGGACUUGUCCCCAUAUUUUGGGCUGUGUAUUUGUGUCUACGAGGAAAUCAAGAACUAAAAAAAUCAAUUACAAAAUGUUUGUAAACGCUAUAUACGGUGUGCUGGAGGCCAUCUCCUAUGGUGUCUAUACAUUUGUGGCCACCAUUUGGCACAUAGAAGAGGCCUUGAUCAACCUAAUGAUGUCCACGUUCCUUUUGGUGCUGAGCCUGGCCUGCCACCCAAUUAUGGUCAUUCCAAUGAUCUUGUUUUGCGCCUAUGUUUUGCGUAACUUUUGGUACCGUCGCGCCAUGAAAUACAAGAUCGAUGAUAAGGAGGGGGGCGAUGGCGGACCGAUGGCUGGAAUCCGGAACACGCCUCGAACGCCGCGACUUUCCAUCCCGUCCUAUCGCAGCUUUGCGGCAAAACUUGCUGAGGCAGGCGCCAAUGACACGGCCGUGCAAAAUUGAACCAGCGCGUAGCUGCCCAAAUUUCGGAUUAGUUUGCAUUUAUUAUUAAAACAUUCACAUGUCCGGACUGAGUUAUCUUAA